GCCGCGCCGGGCGUGCGGAGACGCCGCCGCCGCUCCCGCGCUACUUAAGCGGGGAGGGCGCAGCCCGGCAGCCCCGCGGGGGGAUCCGGCGUGGGGGGGAAAGUGAUCUAGUAAUUGUCGUCCAUCUAUAAGAGAACGAGAAAAGCACAGCUGAGAUGCUCCGUCCGUGACCCGCCAGCGGGGUGGGGAGGGGCAGGUUGUGAAUCCGCCAAACACCUGAGAAAUAAAGCACGACCGAACAAUUUCGAGGCGGGCGGGGAAGGGGGGGGCGAAAAGUUUGCCGGAGCUCGGGCGUCUCCGGGGGGGCGGGCGCGAUGCCGCCCUGGCUGCUCGGCAGCCUCUGCUGCGUGCUGGCGGCGCGGGCGGCGCUGGGCGGCGGCCUCGCGGGCGAGGAGGAGGAGGAGAAGCUGAUCCGGGUGCUGGUGCUGCUGCCGCAGGACGACGCCUACCUCUUCUCGCUAGGGCGGGUGCGGCCGGCCAUCGAGUACGCGGUGCGGAGCCUGCGGGAGAGCGGCGCGGGUCUGCCGCCCGGCUACGCCUUCCAGCUCACCUACGAGGACUCGGCGUGCGGCAACCGCGCCCUCUUCAGCCUGGUGGACAUGGUGGCCCUGCAGCGCCGCCGCCCCGACCUGCUCCUGGGGCCGGUGUGCGAGUACGCGGCGGCGCCGGUGGCGCGGCUGGCCGCGCACUGGGACGUGCCGAUGCUGUCGGCGGGCGCGCUGGCCGCCGGCUUCGGCGCCAAGGGCGGCGAGUACUCGCACCUCACCCGCGUCGCGCCCGCCUACGCCAAGAUGGGAGAGAUGCUGCUGGCCCUUUUCCGCCACCACCAGUGGAACCGGGCCACGCUGCUCUACAGCGACAGCAACCCCGAGCGCAGCUGCUACUUCGCCAUGGAGGGCGUCCAUGUGGUCUUCCAGGAGGAGGCUUUCCACAUGGCCGUGCACAGCUUCGACGAGACCAGCCGGCACCUCGACAUCGACGACGUCGUCCGCGCCCUCCAGACGGGAGAGAGGGUUGUAAUCAUGUGUGCCAGCGGUGACACUAUCAGGAACAUCAUGUUGGCUGCUCAUCGGCAAGGAAUGACCAAUGGGGACUAUGCUUUCUUCAAUAUUGAACUCUUCAACAGCUCAUCAUAUGGAAAUGGCUCUUGGAGAAGAGGAGACAAACAUGACCUUGAAGCCAAGAAAGCAUACUCAUACCUCCAAACAGUCACUCUGCUGAGGACUGUGAAGCCUGAGUUUGAGAAGUUUUCCCUGGAGGUGAAAAGUUCUGUUCAGAAGCAAGGUCUUCAUGAAGAUGACUAUGUGAACAUGUUUGUGGAAGGAUUCCAUGAUGCUAUUCUUCUUUAUGCCCUAGCUUUACAGGAAGUCCUGAAGAUUGGUUUCAGUAAAAAAGAUGGGGAAAAAAUUGUUCAACAAACACGAAACAGAACAUACGAAGGCAUUGCAGGACAGGUGUCUAUUGAUGCCAAUGGAGACAGAUAUGGGGAUUUCUCUGUGAUUGGAAUGACAGACCCGGAGGCAGGCACACAGGAGGUGAUUGGGGACUACUAUGGAAAGCAGGGGCAGUUUGAAAUAAGAUCGAAUGUGAAAUACCCGUGGAACCACGGCAGGCUGCGCCUGGAUGAAAGCCGAGUUUCAGAGCACACGAACAAUACACCGUGUAAAUCAUCAGGUGGUCUAGGAGAAUCAGCAGUUACAGGAAUAGUUGUGGGCGCCUUGCUUGGAGCAGGAUUGCUAAUGGCUUUUUACUUCUUCAGAAAGAAAUACAGAAUAACUAUUGAGAGACGAACUCAACAGGAGGACUGUAACAUGGGGAAACAUCGGCAGUUACGUGAAGACUCCAUUAGAUCUCAUUUUUCUGCUGCAUAAAGAAGAAGAUGAAAAAGAAUCCCAUUCUUCCUAGAGAAAAGAAAGAAUUAGAGAAAAGGACACAACCAAAGACAUCAGUGUAAAAAGAAGAGGCUCUUGAAGAACUCACUCUUUAAGCAGUAAUUUUGUCUUAAUUUCUUUCAGAAGCUCAGGAAUGAUUUACUAAUCACAUUAUGCCGCAUGGCCUUUCAUCUCAUGAGAAAAGAAAAUUAUGCAGUUUGAUGUUACAGGAUGUACUUAAUAUGUAAAGACAGUAUUUCCUAAGGCGUAUGUUAAGGCUAGCAGAUCUUGGUUUAGUUGAUGGGGAAUGCCUCGUUUUGUUCUCUUUUUUUCUUUUUUUUUAGCUUCUACCACCUCCUUCCAUAUUUGCAUCUCACCCCUGGGUGUCAAAUAUGGUUUCAGAAGCACAGGUGCUGGUUGCUGUCAAAAGGAAAAAAGAGAUUGGUUCAGGGUAUGAUCCUGCAUCACUAAAUCACUGACUUUGAUAACAGGGGAUAUGAAAGUUGGUGUACGGGCCUUAGUUCUGGGAGAGAACUGGCACUUGGUUCUAAUUAAUUCCUCUGAGAAAGUCAGGCAGGUGGAAACACAGGAACCAUUCUUUCCUUGUUUGUGUGGCAUCACAGUCCAAAGCACUGUUUCUCCCUCUUAGCUGGUGGGACUUAGGAAAAACUCCAGCGAAGGAUGAGGAGUUUCACACACAUGAAGUAGUGACAGAGAAUCAGGUCUCUGGAGAGGACUGAUUAAUUCCUCAGUCUUAUAUGUGCUUUGCCACACUCUUUUCUGUCCACUGCCAUGACUUUUCAGAGCAGCAGAUGUAGUCCAUGUCAAGCCUGCUCCUGUUCCUAGUGAAGUCAAUGGCAAAAUCCCAUUAACUUCAGUGAGCACAGGACUGCAUCCAUAACUGUAAAUAUGAAAGUGUCUGUAUAGCUGAUGCAAUUCAAAAGGGGAUUUUUUUGUGUGUAUAAAAAUGACAUUCCAUGCAACCAUUUUAUUUUUAGUAUAUUUUUAAUCUUGUAUUUUUCUAUUAAAGUAUCUAUUUUUGCUUUGGUAGGUUUAAAAAUGAAGGAAGAAGAUGUUUUGAAGACAUAUUUUGUAUGAUAGGAGUAAAAUGCAGGGGAAGUCAACAGCUGUAAAUACAUUUUAGAACCAGUAUUUAGGGGAGGAGAAAUGACUUUGUGGAUGGUAAUAAAUUUUUUGCCCAACUUUUUUCUCCAGGCAUGAGCAACAUUCAAAUAGUUGCUUAAACAACACAAAUGGAGUUAUUGAAUUGUCUAUGUGAUGAUCACUUUGAUGCUGUAAAUAAUGCAUUUUUCACAUGUUAAGGAGUCCUAUAGAAGUCAGUGAGAUUUAACUAUCCAUCUGUGUACAAUUAAACACCCAGGAGUAUCUUCAGGAAUCAUGUGUUAAAGCACUAUUUGAGGCUGACUUUAAUGCUGCUGCCAUCAGUAUCCAUGAAAAUUUUGCCAUUUAUUUUACCAGGAGCAAAACUGAAUCUGUGUUGAAUUAGCUACUGACAGGUUAUUUUAUACUAGACAAAGUAGAGCUUUGCACUUUCUAGCCAACAAAUGGAAAUGAACCGUGCUCACUGCAAAUGUGGUGAAGAAGAUCCAUAAAAGUAUUGUCAGUGGGGAAACAGAGCUGUGACUCUGAUUCUAGGAGUCCAUUAGAUAUUUUGGUUUAUUCUAUUCUGAUUUCUGAUUUCAUUUCUGGUCUCAGCAGUUCUAGCCAGACUUGAAAGUUAAUCUCAAAACUGGCUCUGAAAUCUGAUUUCUACAAAACUUCUAGGCCCUGAAAGUCAGUUGGCCAGACUACCAACUCUGAGAAACCAAUUUGGGAUAUGUGGGAGUGAAGAGCAAAAACUUGCUGUGUCUGCUUUCUGCCGCCUUUUAUUUGUUGUUGGACAUGGCUUUUUUCCCUUAUAUUUAAAUUUAUUCUUAGCCUAUGGAGGGUUCAUCACCUGCCCUUGUGAUAUACUGUCCUAUGUCCCAGGCAGCCAGAGGGAAAAGCUUCCUGACUGUCAGGGCAGCUCCACUACAGGAAAUUGAUUUCCAGUAUCCCAUUUCCCAGUCUGGGCCUGUGUGACCUCUACAAAGGUGCUUUAGCCAAAGCAGCACUGAUCAGUGGACAGUUUUCUGAAGUGUUCUCCUUAUUUCAUGGGCACCAGAAGUAGGCUAGAGCAGCAUUUAUACUGAUAGGGACUUGGGGAGGGAAAAAGAUUUCUGAUUAGUUUCUGGAUUUCUUUUCUUCCCCAAGCAGUUGAGUUUGUCUAGCCCCUGGGCAUGCUUAAAUUUUGGAUUUUUUUUUAGAUACUUUCCAUAGAGGUUUUGAUCUACUUCUGGUUUUGCAAACAAGCCUUUCAGUAUUUUGACUUUAUUUUACCCAUUUGACUACUCUGCCACAGAAAAAAAAAGGCAAGGAAAAUUUUUAAAUGUGUAGAGAAGAGGGUAUAAUUUGAAGCAUAAGCUCUUUUGGAAAUUAUUUUUGUUGUGACUUGCUUUGCAGUAUGAGCUAGUACUCAAACAGUGGCUGGGUUGGAAUCAAGACAAUUGUGUAGAUGUGCAUUUUUUCUGUGCCAUGCACAGCUGAGUCACACCAGAAGAUGGGAGAUCUGGCUGGGACAAUAAAUUCUCAUGACAGUUAAUUUAUUAUGUCAUUUUAUGAUACCUAUAAAAAAGUGUAGUAAAAGGUCACUUUUUAAAAGAAUAUUAAUUCUAAUGCUUUAAAACCUUUAUGUAGUGUUUUAAAUCAUGACCUCAGGAAGUGUUUCUAUUAGAUGUCUGUUGGUGGGGGUGACCUAGGCUUAGCCAAAUCUGUGCAUCCCAGCACCUCCCAAGAAAGGUGAACCUUCUUUGCACCUUAGAGCAUUUUAGAUCAAUGUCUUUAAUGUUUGCAAAUUGAUGCACACAGAAAGAAAAAAAAAAUAAUGCAUUUUUCCCAUGGAAGUGUGGAGAUCAUUUAAGACAUUUCACAUAAGUAGAUUCCUUCAUAGCAUAAAUAAACUUACUCUUCUUAGCUGCCUUUCACAGGCCUCUUGCUAAUAGUUCCCAAGUCUUCCAUGGAGCAUAGAUCAGAAGCUGCCUUGAGUUUAGAUUAUUCAGCAGAGAGAUUCUUUACUGGCUAAUGCACUUUUCCUUUCUGGUUCAUCUGCAUUAGCUCAAUGCCACAAUGUUUAGGCUCCGAACUCUGUAAGGGAAUGUCUAAUCAAAAUAAUAAUAAUUGAUCCUCAAAAGAGGUUUCAAAACCUACAUUUUUGGCUUCAACAAAUUGCCCGUAUUACAAACAUAGAUGUGUAUUACAGAGAAGCACAAGGAGACCCUUGACUCAGCUCAGCACUUCAGAACACACUUAAAAUAUCCUCAACUUCAGUUUCUAAGUGCUUUGCUCACUUGGGACCAAAGGGUAUAAUCCUGGCUGUGGCUGAACCAAAGGGAGAUUUGCCAUGUGCUUGAAUUUAAGAAAAGCUGACUGUGUAGGUCAUAUUUAUUGCCAAUGCUUGGAGUUGUGCCUCUUAAAUUGAAAUUGAACUAGUGGCUCUAUACUCUGUUUGUUAAAGUUUGACAAAUUCUGCUAAUUUUGUAUUUAUUAAAAUUACUGAAUGGCGGUCAGCUUAAUAUCUGAUUCACCUCAGAAUCCUCUUUCUGAGGGUUCUAUGGACAGUUUUCCUGCCUUUUUACCCUCAUAAUUUCAACACCCAGGCUUCUACUGCAAGUGACAAAGAUGAAGCAGAACUUUCAAAAGUAUCUGUUAUUUAGUUUCCUGAAACUCACAGCUUCAGAGUCAGAUGUCUUGGUGCUUUGUCCUGGGCCACUGGUUGUUCUAAAACUUUUGUUUAUGGACAGUUUGUGUGUUCUGAGUUGUCUGUGACUACCACCAACACCAGUUCCUACUCUGGUGUACUUCAUUGAAGACCACACCUAGCUGAGCUCUGAACACAUUCAGUCUUUGCUAAAACUUGAGAUUGAGUGUGAUUGAGAGCACUUUGGAAGAUUGUGACCAGAAUUCAGUUUAUUGAAGAGUUGUAUUAAUUAAUUUCGAAAAAUAAACCAUGUUGAUCUAUUUUCAACUUGUUCUUAAGCAAUGCGCCAUUGUGUUAUUGGAAGUAUUUUGUUGGGGUUUUUCAGUGGAGAGUUAUUAAGGUGUAGCUAAUGCUUUGAAAACAUUUGUGCUGGACAAAAUAAAGAGUGUUCUCCCUGACAACAUGUUUUA